UCAAUUUUACGAAGCAAAAAUGAUGCAAAAACUCUACAGGAACGUGUUUGUGACAGUGGGCACCACCGAGUUCCAGGAUUUAGUGCGAAUCGUAUCGUCUGCCGCUGUUUUGCAGCAAUUAUCUGUUUUGGGUUGCGAAACGCUCACAAUACAGUUUGGAAAAGGAGAACCGCUGAACGUGGAAUACAUUCAAAAGCUAACUAGCAUACGAUUAUCUGCGUAUGGCCUCAAAAGCAGUAUCGGUGAAGAUAUAAGCAGGGCAGAUCUGGUGAUCAGUCAUGCCGGCGCCGGAAGUUGCAUAGAAGUGUUGGAGGCAGGCAAACCGUUGAUUGUGGUCGUGAACGAAACGCUGAUGAACAACCAUCAAACUGAGCUGGCCGAACGUCUAAGUAAGGAUAAGAAUCUCUUCUACUGCACACCGAAUACGUUGCUGCAGACUUUGGCGGAGUCCGACCUUAGGCAGCUAGAAAAACUUGCACCCGGCGCGCUGGAUAGUUUCGUGAAUCAUUUGGACACAUUCAUGGGAUUCAGAUAGUUAAUGCCAUCGCACUGUAGAAAACAUGAUUCUAAAUUUAACUGAAAUUAGGCGUAUUGCGCGUAUUGUGAUUCAUUGUUGUUUGAACUGAUAUUAAUAAACUUAUGAAAAGAGUG